AUGACGGCUGAGGUCUUUGCCCGCAACGGCUUUGAUAUGGCUGGCGCUGCAGCGGCGAUUGCCAGCAGUAGUAGCGGAGCUCCGAAGCGGCUGCAGCAACGUAUAGCAGAGGAGCUGCGAGUGUCUUACCUGACCCCCAGCGGUGGGGCUAAUGACGGCAGCAGCAGCAGUAACGGCCACCACGGCAGCAGCAGUGGCGGCGGCAAGACCGAAGACGAUGCUGACGAUGCGCAGAUCCUUGCCGAGUAUAUUUUGCACUUACUCCUGCGCGAGAAGGCACCCACGGACCGUCUUCUGGAGGAGCUAAAGGAGUUCCUAGGGCAGCCAGCUGAUGACUUCACUCGCUGGCUUCAGCGGGAGCUGCAGCAACAAAGUGCUGCCUGCAGCAGCAGCAGCAGCGGGAGACCCCGCAGCUGCAGCAGGUCAAAGCAUCUGAGCAGCAGCAGCAGCAAGCAUGGCAGCAGCAGCAGUGCGAAACAUUCAAACGCGAGCGACGGAACGUCGCGGGGUAGCGGCAGCAGCAGCAGCAGCAAACAGGGCAGCAGCAGCAGGCAUGGUAGCAGCAGCAGCAGUAGUCACAGAUACAGCAGCACCCAACAUGAAGCAUCUCGGGGGGAGGGUCGAGGAUCUCGAUGCGACACGAUAUCCCGCCGCCUCAUCCUGAUGCGUGCCGCAGAGCAGGCCGCUGUCAGCAGCCGGAGUGGCACGUCCGUGCGCAGCGGCCGGUCUCACCGGUCUCCACCGCGAAGUCGCCGUAGCAGAAGCCGCAGCAGGAGCCGCAGCAGCAGCAACGGAAGCAAAACGCCACCCAUGUCGCGUUCCAUUUAUCUUAUGGGCAGCAGCAACAGCAAGAGGAACACGCCUUCCCCUUCUUCGGGUCCUGUCUGGGUCGCUUCUUCAGCGCAUGCACAGCAGCAGCAGCAGCCACAGACUCCUGGCGUUGCAGCUGCCGGAGACGUCUUCCGGUCUCAGGCGCAGCCCACAGCGUAUGAGGUACAGCAAAUGAAGCAACAGCAGCAGCUCAUGCAUCAGCAGCAACUGUUGCAGCAACAUCAACAGCAACAACUGCUGCAGCAGCAGCAGCAGCAACUGCUGCAACAGCAACAGCAGCAGCAGCUGCCGUUGGUGCCUGUCGCAGCAACGGCUCCAGCGGAUAUGUCCGCCCCCGAUACUGCGAUGCAGCGCGGCCCGAAGGCGAUAUUAAAGCCUAACCCCCGGUUUGUGGAGGCGUUCCUGGCGGCUGAGCACGUGGCUGGAGGAGACGGUCCCUUUCCGUUGCAUGCAGCCUCUGCUGCUGCUGCUGCUGCUGCCACUGCAUCACACUCCCUGCUGCAGCAGCCGCAUCCUCAACAGAGGAUGCCGGUGCAGCAGCAGCCUCCGCCGCAACAACAGCAGCACUACACCAGCUUGGCUGGAGCGGGGGUUCCUCAGGCGAAGGCGAGUUUUGUCAACUACUAA